GGUAUAUAAUGUCAACCCUGAGCCUGGCAGGAAGUGCAUCUUGUGUUUAGCUGGAACAUGAGGGGAAGAAGCGGUUUUAUACAGAGCUAUUGGGACAACAAACUAAGCUUUUGACGGAAAAAAAAAACACUGGAAGAUGGACAGUUAUAGAAGACAACCAUGGGGAAAGCUAGUCAAAGUGGACUCCAGUGAAACUGUCCUGCUUUUCAACAAGGAAUGCACUGUUGGCAGAAAAAAAGGAUGUUAUCUGUCCUUUCCAGCCAACAAACUGGUAUCAGGGGAGCACUGCAAGAUUGUGCAAGAUGAAAGCUCAGGGCUGGUGUGGCUUGAAGACAUGAGCACUAAUGGCACAAUGAUCAACAUGUCCACGGUCAAGAAACAAACUCACAUGCUGCAGAGUGGGGAUGUCAUCCACUUUGUGUACAGGAAAAGUGAGCCAGAACAAAACAUUGCCUAUGUUUACCACUCAAUCAAAACGGAGCAGGCUAUUUCACAACAUUAUGACAUGGACAGUUCGGUCCACAGUCAUGCUCUUGUUCCACCUUCAGAGAUGUCACUCUCUGUGGAGCCUGUAAUGCUCACAAAGGCUCCUCAUGACCCAACUCAGGAGGAACCUCAGCCCUCCACCUCCACUUCCCACUUCUGCAUCGGGAGUCCUACCACUUCUGGUCUCAUGGCAACCACAGCGUGUCCUGCCCCUGGCCAAGCUAAAGAUGCUUCCCCGGCACAAGAAAAAGACACGGACAGCAUGGAGCCCGAAAACAAGAGGAGGAAAACUGAUGACGAUAAAGAUUAUGAUUUGGGCCUGCCACACACCUCCAGUACAGAAGUGGUCGGGUCAACUAAGGGAAAUCUUGGGAGUCUUUUGUCUAAACCACCAGUGGAAGGGGCUAAGACAGACAAGAUGGAGGAGAGCCUGACAUGUGUUAUUUGCCAGGAUCUACUGCAUGACUGUGUAAGCUUGCAGCCUUGCAUGCAUGUCUUCUGUGCUGCCUGCUACUCAGGCUGGAUGGAGCGUUCUUCUCUUUGCCCCACCUGCCGCUGCCCCGUGGAGAGGAUUCGUAAGAACCACAUCCUCAACAACCUGGUGGAGGCCUACCUCAUUCAGCACCCAGAAAAGUGUCGCAGUGAGGAGGACCUGAAGAGCAUGGAAAGCCGUAACAAGAUAACUCAGGACAUGUUGCAGCCAAAAGUUGAGCGCUCGUUCUCUGAUGAGGAGGGCAGCUCAGAUUAUCUCUUUGAGCUCUCUGACAAUGACAGUGACUCUUCAGACAUUAGUCAGCCUCUAGUGAUGUGCAGACAGUGUCCGGGCUACAGGUGUGACAUCAGUCAGGUCCUGUUUGCUACAGGUUCAAACUACUGGCUCCCUGGUCUGCCAGCUCCACCGCCAAUACCUCCUCCACCCAAACCAGCAACUGAGGAUGGAUCUGAGAAACCCACAGGGGAGCAGCCCUCAACGUCCUCUGAUGUCCCAUCAGCUCCUCAGGAGUACCGCUGCCCCCCUCAGGGCUGCCAUCUCAUCUGCACCUGCUGCCUCCAGCCAAUGCCAGACAGACGGGGCGAGCUGAACAGCCAGCAGGUUAUUGCUCAACAAUGUAUGCUGUGCCAGCGACCCUUCUGUCAUAUGUACUGGGGUUGCCAGAGGAUUGGCUGUCAAGGCUGUCUGGCUCGAUUCAGUGAGCUCAAUCUGACAGACAAAUGCCUGGAUGGUGUGCUAAAUAACAACAACUAUGAAUCAGAGAUCCUUCAGAACUACCUGUCUUCUAGAGGGAAGUCAUGGAGAGAUCUGCACCAGGAGUCUUUGCAGAACUUACAGCAGGGAAACUACUACCUGACAGAUUGUCGUAUCUCUGCAAAUGCCAUCAUGUGCUUCUGCUGCGGCCUGCGAGCAUUCAAGGAGCUCGCCUACAAGUACAGACAGAACAUCCCGUCAACUGAACUGCCAGCUGCUGUAACAUCCCGUCCCGACUGUUACUGGGGACGCAACUGUCGCACGCAGGUGAAGGCACAUCAUGCGACGAAAUUCAACCACAUAUGUGAGCAGACACGUUUCAAGAGCUGAAGGACCAGAGUGGUUUGUUUCUUGUGUCAAAUGUAGAUAACCGAGCAUCUCAUAGACAUGAUCUUAUUAAGUUUUGUUGUCUGUUCCAGCUUACUGCCUUCCAAAUGUUAUGCAAUAACCUAAUGCAGAUAUUACAAUCAAUAUCCAUUUACAAUAGUGACCAGUGUCUUACUUGACACCGGGCUGUGUGAAAUAAUGAUAUGCACAAUAACAUUAAAGUUCAAUGUUUACUUAAGGUUUGAGCUGCUUUUUAGAGUUAAGACCUGCGAGGGCUUUUAACGCUAGCCACCAUUUAAAUUUAGAUACAUUUUGUCAGUGGCUCAUGUCUGUCUACCAGGUAACCAACCACCAACUGUUACAGUAAUUUAUUUGUUGUUUGUUAAAAAUGCUUCCUGAUUUGUCCUCCAGCCUAGGUGACAAAAAUGUAAAUUGUCUCAGAUUAAGAGCGAGUGAGGCAAUCUGUAUAGAUUAAGGCCAUUUAUACGCUUACACAUGGUGAGCAUGUUUUUAUAUAUUUUCCUCCUCCAGCCUUGGUAAUUGAGGCUUACAACACCUGAUGUAUAUUUACCUUCUUUACUUGUGGUGAAAUUUACCUAAUCUUAUGAAAAGUUGAGUGAAGAAUCCAGGGCUUCCUACAAGAUAAUGCUGAUGAAAACAUCUAUCACAGUUAUUAGUAGCACCCAUUUGGGCCAAGAAACAAGUUGUUUCCAUGAUCCAACCUUUGAACUAUAAUAUGAAGUGAAAAUGUCUCACCUCUAGGGACUUACUGUGUUCCCAGACGAGAGCAAAAAGCCACAUUAAAGCCCCACAUACAUACUAGGAUAAAUUCAUAAUCCCAUGUGAUAUUUGUACAAGUUUGGAAAGGGGAUCAAUGUGUUGUAACACUGUCAGAUGGCAUGGGGGCCUCUGUUGUAUGCUUUGCUCUGGAUAAUCAUCUCCAUGGUGAUUAAAAAGUAGCGUAGAAAGGGACGCUUUCUCAGAGUCUUGUAGUAAAAGCUAAGCUGUGAUAAAAUGCACAGCUUUAAUCCAUAUAGAGAAGAAAAAAUAGACUGCACUUCAGGCAACCUCUAACGGUUGAAUAUGCUGAAAGUGGUGCUGCUUUUGGCCCAUGGAGUAGUUUCCAUGUGCAGACAUCUGCAGGAUGCACUUGCAGAACAAACAGUUUAGAGAAUUGUGCCAAUACAACAGCAUGAUCUGUUGUGUUCCAGUUAUGUAUAUGUUAUAGCUUACCUUGCAAGAAUUUGGAUAGAGGUUUAUUCAGAUGUUUUGGAGACAUUAGUUGAUCAGUGUGUGGUUAGAUUUUCUCUGGUUCCUCAGGUACACAAAGCUGCUGUUUUAGCUUAACCAUGUUUGUUGGUUAGAAAAUGUCUGUGUCAACAUGUAAGAAUCUAAUGACCUCUCACCUAUGACUAUCAUCACCCAAGUGUCAGUAAGUCCCCACCAUGCAAACAUGCACAGCUGGUAUUGAUGUCUACUAAAAAACCAAAAUUGACAAAUCAGCCAUCGUUUCUAGCGUAGUCCAAUAAGAACACCCAGACAUUAGUUUCAAGAGGCCUUAUAUAUUGAAAUAGGAGGAUCAUGUAAUAGUCUUGAUUUUUUCCCCUUUUUUUUUUUUGUAGGAUCACUAUUAUUCGUGUAUAGAAAAUGCUGGUGGGCAUGUGAAGAAUGUGGGAGUAGAAAAUGUUAAAAGUGGGCCUUAUCUUGCUAGUCAGUAUAUUUUGUAUAAUUUCACACACAUGGGCUUAUUGUUCCAUUUUUAUUCAUUUUUUUUGAGUGGAUUUAGAAGAAUGCGUACUAAAUAUGUCUAAAAAUGUUUGUUAGUUACAUUUAUUUUGUACAACUAUGAGGAUAUUUGCACAUAACUGUUCUCUCUCUCAAAUGGAAAGUCUACAAGGUUAUGAUAUGAACCCAACAUCCUAGAGGAGCUGUCUUUAUCCAGUGUAUGUAAUGUCAAUACUCAUAUCUCAUUUGUAAUCAUGUGAAGAGUUUAAAUCCAAAAUGACAUAUACAUCAAAGAGAAGAAACAUAUAACUUUUAUCCUUGAUUGUGCUGAAUGUUAGAAGAGUAUAUGCAUUUUUGUUAUCUAGUUAUUAGCAUUACCCAUAGUGAAUAUGGAUACAGUAUGUGUUGUUUUGGAAUUUAACUCUCUAAUGAGCCCUUUCCUAACCUCUGCCAGAGCUCCUGGCUUAAUUUGUGGUGUUAGCAAGGUGCUUUAGGUUUAUUUUUCUGUGUAUGUUUAUUUUUUAUUUUUUACCCCUUCUAUCAUGGUGGGUUCACACUGGCAUUCCUUAGCGGCUCAGGCCCUCAGCACAAACCCAGUCGAUCCCCCAACAGAGUGGCUGAGUUUUAAUUAUUCCCUACUGGAGAUCUUGGCACCAUAAGCCAACAACAGUCCCAAGCCGCUCCAAUCAGGAAUUGGUAUUAAAGAGGCUUUGGAGGAAUGCUUUGCAUUCUCCCUGGGGUGGGGUAUGUUGUAUACUAAGGCAAAUAUUUACUCACUUUGUGUGCAAAAGUCUGGACCAGGCUGCUCAGUAGUAUGGAAGAGGCAGGUUUCAUUCUACCUCAUCACAGCUCCCAGGAACAUGGGAGACUGAACAGGCAUCAAUCACAUCAGUUCAAAGCUGGGAGAGCAUCCACUGUAUGAGGGAUGGAAGUCCUUGCUGGUGCCUGUAAACUUUGUGUGCAAUGCACUAUUUGGACGGAUCAGAUUAUCUGGACUAUAAUCAGCUUCUAGUAGAAUAGCACUAGGCACAUGUAUAGUUUUGUGAGGACAAAUACGUUUGAUAUAUGCCUCUUUACCCUGUAUGUUACCCUGUACGUUGUAUUAGCAUUGCUGAAGUUGUCUUUGAAAUGCAUAUGGAUCUGAUUUGCCUGUUUUAUCUUAACAAAUUAAAAGACUGAUUUAGCUUUC